UUUUUUUAGUUUUUUUUUUCUUGCUCUCCAUUCCACAAAUGAACGACAUUAGACCUAAUGAAUAUUAUGAUCAAGACAACGGUGGUAGCAUACCAGUUUUCACACCAAGUUUCGAAGAGUUUAAAGAUUUUAAAAGUUUUAUGACAAGUGUUGAAGAAUAUGGCAAAAAAGCCGGAGUCAUUAAAGUUAUUCCACCAAAAGAGUGGAAAGAUCACCUACCAGAUCCAUCAAAUUUUGAUGACAUCAAAGUGACAAAACCCAUUACCCAACACAUCUUUGGAGGAAGAGGAGUGUUUAAUCAAACCAAUAUUGAAAACAGAAAGGAUUAUUCAUUGGAAGCAUGGCGUGAGCUUUGCAAUCGGAAUGAACAUCGACCACCCAAAGUCAAUGAAAAUGAAGCUGUGCGCAGUAACAAUAGCAUAGCAUCAAACGAAACAACCAGUCAUUUAACUACUGAUCAAUAUAAAGAAAUCGAGCGACAUUAUUGGAGAAACAUCACAUUUAACCAACCAAUGUACGGCGCAGAUCUUCUUGGAAGUCUAUUUGAUGAUUCUGUUACUUCGUGGAAUCCAAAUUCACUUGACAAUACCUUAAAUAAAUUAGGCAUGGUUUUACCUGGGGUUAAUUCACCCUACCUUUAUUUUGGCAUGUGGAAAGCCACUUUUCCAUGGCAUGUCGAGGAUAUGGAUCUGUAUUCGAUAAAUUAUAUACAUUUUGGUGCUCCAAAGCAAUGGUAUGUGAUUCAGCCUUGCUAUCAAAAAAGAUUCGAAAAUUUCAUGCAGGCCACGUUUUUCACUCAGUACAAGGACUGUCAUGAAUUCUUGAGACACAAGACAUUUAUUGUAUCACCAAAAGUACUUCAAAAUAACAACAUUCCAGUGCAGAAGUGUGUCCAACAACCAGGAGAAUUUAUCAUUACUUUUCCAUUUGGUUAUCACUCUGGAUAUAACUUAGAUUUUAACUGCGCUGAAAGUGUAAACUUUGCACUGGAUUCAUGGAUUGAAAUCGGAAAAAAUGCAAAAUCCUGUACUUGUAUUGAUGAUUCUGUUAGAAUUGAUAUUGACAGUUUACUAGGCGAUACCAGCAGGAAAAAAAGAAAAACAGAUAUACAUGUUGCUCAACCUUGUAUUCUUUGCUCCAUAAUAGAUGAUGAUCAAUCAAGAUUAAAUUCUAAUUGCAGGAAAUACAAAAAUAUUCAUACAAUAUGUGCCGAAUCAAUCAACGAGACAUAUAUAAAAGACAACUUAGUCUAUGGCAUUGAUAAAGUACCUACCUCUCGCUGGAAACUGACUUGCAUAUAUUGUAAAGAAAAAAACAAGGGCGCAUGUAUGCAGUGCUGCUUUGGCAAAUGUUGGAAAUCCUUUCACGCUACCUGUGCAAUCAGGAAUGAUGGUACCAUGAUACGAAAAGCAGGCCCAAAAAAGGGCACAUUUAUUUACGAUGGCUUCUGUCCUCAACAUGAUCCACAAAACAUAACAAAAAAGCAAAAUGAAAAAAAUAGCUACAUCAAGGAAAUGACUAGUAAGCUCACAAUUAAUCGCACAAUAUAUACUAAAUGGAGAGGUGGUGGCUACUAUCAAGGGCAGAUUGUCGAAUGUUUAUCCAGCAAACAAGUCUGCCGUAUACUAUUGCAAGAUGGUAUUACUCGAAGUAUUCCCUGGAGAGAUAUUUAUACCGAAGAUCCAUCACUUACGCAAACUUAAUAACAACUUUUUAAUAACUAUCUUCUUUAAUAA